AUGGCAGUUCCAAAGAGCAGAGAUAAAAGGAAAAGCCACUCAGCAGGUAAGGACAUGAAAAAUCCCAUACUAUACAAACACUUAACUGACUUUAGCACCGGAGCAUCUUGCAGGUUGUCUUUUCGGCCUGGUUUUACACACGCCGAAGUUAGAAUCUCUGUUCUCAAACCCUCCGAAAAUCCAUCGAAAGAUCAACAGCAGGAGGAUGGUCAUGAAGCCGAUGUUACCCCUAGUCACGACGAAGUUCCCCCCAAGAAUGAAAAUGAAGGGGCUGCUGAUGAACGAAUCUUUGAUGUACGGUUGCCAAAGCAUUUUGACAAGUCCACCGUCUUGAAGUAUGACGAAAAGAUGGAUUCUCAGGAGCACAUUGAUGCUUUUGAGGCAAGAAUAAAUUUAGAAGGAGUCAGUGAUGCAAUCCGAUGUAAAGCCUUCUCGGUGACCUUGUCGGGAUCAGCUAUGGCAUGGUUUAAUACAGCUACUAGGAGAACUCAGGCUAAGCACCCAAUCUCUUUGCUGGAAAUAGAGCAAAGGGUGGGACAAAGCAUUCGAGAUUAUCUAGACCGCUUCAAUAAAGCGCUCUUAGAGGUAAACAUGGGAACUCCGGAGGUCGUGUGUUUGUGCUUGAUUGCUAGCUUAUUAGAAGGAGAUUUUAGAAGGCAUUUGACUUCAAAGGAUGUGAAGUCAAUGGAGAAAAUUCAUCAGAUCGCUCUGGAGUACAUUCGAGAUGAAGAUGUUUCGAAGGUGGUCUCAAUAAAAAAGAAGAACAUGCAAGUUUCUCAUCGACCUAGAGCCUCGUUAAACAGGUCUCAAUAUUGUGAUUAUCACAAAUCUUAUGGUCACAAGACCGAGGAUUGCAUUGAUUUGAAGGAUGCCUUGGAACAAACGAUCCAGGAUGGUAAACUUCCCGAGUUCACCCAGCAUGUAAGGCCGCCUAGGCGGCACAAUGAUGAUGACGAUCGGGAAACCAGGAACCCUAGAAAUUCCAAGCCCCCAGAAAACCCAGAGGAUGCUGCUCAGGUAGUGGUAAAUGUAGUUACGGCGAAGAGCGGACUGCCUAAAUCCAACAACAUAGUGAAAAGGGAUAUCAAAGUUGCAACCUCGGAAGUGCUCAAGGUAACUAGCAUUCCAGUAGUGCAAUUUAUAGUAGAAGAUUUUCAAGUAGCCACAUCUGAAGAUGAUGAGCCCUUGGUGAUCACUACAAGGUUAGGUAAUGAUAUUGUAAAAAGAAUCCUCGUUGACACAGGAGCAGACUCAAAUAUGCUCAUCAGAAAUGCAUUUGAUGCUCUGGGUUUAAAGGAUCAACAUUUGGAGCCCCAUCUUCCUGGAUUUUUGGCCUUGGAGAUCAUUAUAUCAAGCAUGAUGGGGCUAUUGACCUCCUUUUCACAGUAG